AUGUCCCCUUCCCGUUGCCUCCCCGUCCCCUUUCUGUCGCCUCCACGUCGCCUCCCCGUCGCCUCCCGGUCCCCUUUCCGUCGCCUCCCUAUCGCCUCCCCGUCGCCUUCCCGUCGUCUCCGCGUCGCCUCCCGUCGCCUCCCCGUCCCCCCCUUUCCGUCGCCUCUCGUCGCUUCCCCGUUCCCCCCUUCCCGUCGCCUCCUUGUCGGCCCCCCGUCGCCUCCCCGUCCCCCCCCUUCCCGUCGCCUCCGCGUCCCCUCCGCGUCGCCUCCCCGUCUCCCCUUUCCGUCGCCUCCGCGUCGCCUCUCGUCGCUUCCCCGUCCCCCCCUUCCCGUCGCCUCCGCGUCGCCUCCCGUCGCCUCGCCGUCCCCCCUUUCCGUCGCCUCCGCGUCGCCUCUCGUCGCUUCACCUUCCCCCCCUUCCCGUCGCCCCCCCCCCCCCGUCGCCUCCCUGUCCCCCCCCUUCCCGUCGCCUCCGCGUCGCCUCUCGUCGCCUCCCCGCCCCCCCCUUUCCGUCGCCUCCCCAUCUCCCCCCCUUCCCGUUGCCUCUGAGACGCCUCCCGUCGCCUCCCCAUCCCCCUUUCAGUCGCCUCCCCGUCCCCCUUUCAGUCGCCUCCCGUCGCCCCCGCGUCCCACCCCCUUCCUCGUCGACUCCCAGUCACCUCCCGCCGCCCUCCACCCCAUACGGACUGCUGUUCGCCCGUAG